AUGAACAUGUUCAAAAGAGAUAAAGACUCAACAGCCACGACUCCAGUUGUCCCACAGAGACCCAGCAAGGGGGAUCUGGACAACCCAAUCAUACACAGCCUGAGCAGUGAGGAUGCAGGAAUGACCUCAGCCUCGCAGAGGACAGGGGUGAUGGGAGUUAUGCAUAAAAUCAACCCAUUCAAGUCUGCCUCACAGGCCUCCUCUUCAGAGUCACUAGAACAGGGAACUCAGGCCACACAGAACCCUGGUAUGCUGAAAGGGGUUAUGCAGAAGGUCAACCCAUUCAAGGCCACCUCCCAGGUCUCUAAAGCUCCAUCGUCAGAGUCACUGGAGCAUGGUAGGGUUUCAGACACAAAUCAGAACCCUGGUAUGUUUAAAGGGGUGAUGCAGAAAGUCAACCCGUUCAAGACUUCCACACAGGUGCCAAAGAACGAUGCUCAAAACGAUUCUGCCAAUGUCCAAGAGACUGGAAAUGAACUUCAGGGAAAACAGAACCCAGGGGGGAUCGCAGGGGUGAUGCAGAAAGUCAAUCCAUUCAAAUCCUCACAGUCAAAGGAUACCCAGCUGCUACGCAGUGACCUUUCCUCCAGUGAUGGAAGCUUGGCAGACAAUAACAACCAGACCCCUGGUGUGUUCAAGGGGAUGAUGCAGAAAGUAAACCCCUUUAAGUCUUACUCUCAGAUGCCAGAAGAGCAAAGUCAGACAGACUCUGCGGUUCCUAAUACCAUUUCCUCAUCCAAGGACACCCAGCCGAUUCACAGUAAGCACUCCCUCAGUACUGAAAGCCUGGAUGACAGCACAAUAGAGAGACAUACUAUUUGGUACGCUGAUGCUGACACCAGCAGUGAGGUGAAAAGCCAGCUGAAAGAAGAACCGAAGAAACGCACAGUGACUUUUAGAAUAAAGAGGAUUCUUCCCAGUGUGUUUGGGUCUGGAACAAAGGAAUCUGCUGCAGUAUCAUCUGACACUCAGGAGGCAGUGGAAGUUCAAACCCUACAGUUGGCUGAAGUACCAGUGCCCAGUGAAGGAACAGUCCCAGACCCUCUAGACGAUGAAGAUGGUCUUUUGGCAUGGUGGGGAACAGUAGAAGGCUGGGAUGAGUGGAAUGAGGCCAACAAGGACGAUGAGGCUGAAGAAGUGGUGGAAGAAGCAGCUGAUCGAGUUUUUAUGGCAGCUCGUCUCUUCGUUCGCUUCUUCAACCAGCGUGGUGGCUCGCUGCAACAGAACAUCCUGGAGCUCCUCGCUUUGGCCGAUGCCGCCGACAAUUUCCACAAGAAGACGGUCACGGCUAGUGUCGGUGGUGGGUUGGCCAGUGUCGCAGGAUCUGUCACCACCAUCACCGGCCUCAUUCUGGCACCCUUCACUGCAGGGACAUCGCUCAUCGUCACAGCGGUUGGCAUCGGUGUUGCUACAGCAGGCGGGUUGACGUCUGCUUCAGCCAACAUCACAGACACGGUCCAUUCCAAGACGGACCGAAAGAAGGUGGAGGCGAUGAUCCAAACCUACCAAGAGCAGAUGAAGGACAUCAAAGAGUGCCUUGAGUUUUUGCAGGAAGGGAUGGAGACACUUCAGGAGUGGGAUUUUGAGAAGUACGCUGAGAGCAUCUCUAAGAAGCACCUCAACCAGAACGUCAAACAUGUAAUGAAGGAGGGCGGCCGCGCUGGUAAGGCUUUAGUGAUCAACACAGAGAGCCUGAUUAACACUGUUCAGGUCCUCAGUGUUGCAGGCACCGCUGCUAAAGCUGCCCAGGUGAUGAGCAUAACCACCGGAGUGAUGUCUGGUCUCUUCCUGGCUCUCGACGUCUUUUUCUUGGCAAAGGAUUCCAUGGAGCUGAAAAAAGGCGCCAAGACAGAGUUUGCUGCUAAGAUCCGAGAAGUUUGUAAGGAACUGCAGGAUGGGCUGCUGGAGCUUAACAACAUCAAGGAACAGCUGCAGAAAACUAUGGAUGGGAUAGAGGUGGAGGUAGAGGAAGAGGAUGAGGAGCUGUUGAAGGCUGAUCUUAAAAAACUUGUCGAGCUUGAAGAAUGAAGGAACGCUGGUCAAGGAUCAAAACCAAAAACUUUACUGCCUUAAUCAUAAAAUUAUAAAACGUAAGCAAACCUGAAGAAGUUAGACAAAAAUGUUUUAUCAGAAAUUAACCUGCUAUUAGUAGUUUUGGAGGUUAAAAGCAAUUACUGUAGUAUUGCCAUUACUAUAAAGGGCCAUGUUGUUUUGUUGUUUGAGAACUUUACUUCGAAGUAGCUGCUUUUUAGUAAAA